GCUGCCAAGAGACUCGUUUCAGUUAGGACACAGGUCCAGAAGCUGCCCCAAAGUGAAUCAAAUGAUUUUCCGGAGGCUGCCCCAAGGUGGCUGGGGGCAGAGUGCAGCAGGGAGGCCCUGCAAUUCCAGGGUUGCCCAGGCAGUGAGAACCCUGGCUCUCCUCAUAAUGCACUGAGGUUCUGGGGACAGUCUGAGUGGCAGCUCUAAGCAAGCCAGAGCCCAGGGAGGCUUUGAGGUACACAGGGUCACUGGGGGCAGCCAUGAGGAGGCACAGCGAGACAGAAGUGGAGGAGCAGACCCAGGAGCUGAAGACUAUCACUCGGCUCCAGGGUGAGCCUGCAUUGCUGCAACCAGCCUGCCGUGCCCGCCUGGGGCUCGGGGUUUGAGGGUGCACAACUUUUAGGGGUUUGUUUUGUUUUGAGAUGGAGUCUCUGUCAUACAGGUUGGAGUGCAGUAGCACAAUCUCGGCUCACUGCAACCUUCACCUCCCAGGUUCAAGUGAUUCUCCUGCCUGAGCCUCCUGAUUAGCUGGGACAUCAGGCGUGUGCCACCACACCCAGCUAAUUUUUGUAUUUUUAUUAUUUUUAGAUGGAGUCUUGCUCUGUCACCCAGGUGGAGUGUAGUGGUGUAAUCUCAGCUCACUGCAACCUCCACCUCCCGGGUUCAAAUGAUUCUCCUGUCUCAGCCUCCCAAGUAGCUGGGACUACAGGCAUGUGCCACCAUGCCCGGCUAGUUUUGUAUUUUUAGUAAAGACAAGGUUUCAAGCUGUUGACCAGGCUGGUCUCAAACUCCUGACCUCAGGUGAUCCGCCCAUCUUGGCCUCCCAAAGUGCUGGGAUUACAGGCGUGAGCCCUGUACCUGUCCACUGAGAGCCCUUCAGACAGCCGCUGCUGGGCAGUGGAGUGGUGUCCCCCAGGACAGGGUGGGAGGAAGGAUCUUGGCCGUGGAGGUGGCAUCCCCGCAGACCCAGGGCCUCCCUAAUUCAAGCCUCUCCCAGAGGAUUCCAGGUCAGGCCCUUGGCCCAAUCCUGGCCACUCUGACCCCUCCACCUGCCCACAGAGCAGUGUCGGGCCCUCCAGAUCCAGGGGGUGAAAGAGAGUAUGAACCAGAACAAAGCCACGCUGGCACUCCUGCACAGCAAGAUCCGCCGCGGGGCCCAGGACUGGGCUUUGGCCAAGAAGGUGCACAAACCCGGCUCCUCCCCACUGCCUGGGGAGCAGGGCAGGAGCAGAGGACACACAGGUGGAGGGUGGGCCCUCCUCUCCACCCCCACCCUGACUUUCCUGGAGCCAGGGGACAUGAGAGGAGGAGCUAUGCUAGAACCUGUGCCCAGGGCUCCAGUCACCCCAGAGAGCUUGGCAUCUGUAAGCCCACAUCCUGCAUCAGGGCCCCUCUGGCUCUCCAGCCAGCUAGGGGAAACCUGGGCCCUCCUCUGCAUGCCCACCUUCCCCCAACCCCGUCACAUCCGAGCUUGGGUGGCCAGGAUGGGGUCCCGCGGCGUUCUGCUCCUCAUGGGAGCAGGGGGUCUCCUGCUGGGCUCGCACGGCAUACAAGAGGCCCUGGGGGGAAUGCCUGCAGGGGCCGCCGACUGGGGGGGUGCGCAAAGGGCCCGCCACAGCUCAGCCGCCACUGCUCUGCAGUAUGACCAGUGGACCAUCUCCAAGGCCUGCGGGAAAAACGUGCCCUUGCGGCUGGCGCACUGCCGCAGCACCAUGGAGGUGGCGCAGGAGAAGCUGCGCAAGUACGUCUUCGACCGCGUGAACGCGCACAAUCUGCUGAUCCACCUGGUGCGGCGGCGCGAGGAGAAGCUGGAGAGCAUGCAUCUGGAGCUGGCCAGCCUGCGGAGCCAGCCCGACGCCAGCAAGGAGGAGCUGCGGCUGCUGCAGAUCAUCCGCCAGCUGGAGAACAACAUCGAGAAGACAAUGAUCAAGAUCACCACCAGCCAGAACAUCCACCUGCUGUACUUGGACCUGCUGGAUUAUCUGAAGAAAGUGCUGGCUGGAUACCCCACCGAGCUGGACAAGCUGCAGAACCUCGUGGUCACCUACUGCUCGGAGCUGUCGGAUAUGAAGAUCAUGUCCCAAGAUGCCAUGAUGAUCACAGAUGAGGUCAAGAGGAACAUGAGGCAAAAGGAGGCGUCCUUCAUCGAGGAGCGCAGGGCCAGGGAGAACCGGCUCAACCAGCAGAGGAAGCUGAUCGACAAGAUCCAUACGAAAGAGACCAGUGAGAAGUACCGGCGGGGCCAGAUGGACUUGGACUUCCCCUCGAAUCUGAUGAGCGUGGAGACCCUGAAAUUGAGAAGAAAGGAGACCUCCAUGGCAGAAAUGGAAUACCAGACGCUCGUGACUGCUAUGGUGGAGAAGGUCAAGAGCGCUGUGCGAUGCUCUCACAUCUGGGACAUUGCUGGCCGCUUCCUGGCCCAGAGGAACACAGAGGAGAACCUGGAGCUGCAGCUGGAGGACUGUGAGGAGCGGCGGCUGCGGCUGAAGGCCCUGGUGAAGCAGCUGGAGCUGGAGGAGGCUGUGCUCAAGUUCCACCAGAUGCCCAGCUCCAUCAGCUUCAAGUCCAUUGAGAAGAAGAUGACAGACAUGUUGAAAGAGGAAGAAGAGAGGCUGCAGCUCAUGCACAGCAACAUGACCAAGGGCCAGAAGCUGCUGUUGACCAUCCAGAUGGGCGUCGACAACCUCUAUGCCCGGCUGAUGGGCAUCCCCUUGCCCUCCGCCCAGAGAGAAGUGGUGCCCUCCGACACCCUCGAUUUGUAUAGCAAACUGGCGUACUGCGAGGGGAAGCUCACGUACCUGGCUGACAAAGUGCAGACGGUGUCCAGGACGGAGGAGGCCAACACGAAGGUGAGGGACACCCUGGAGUCCUCGACUCUGAAGGAGAAAUACAACAUCAGGAUCAGCUUUGAAGACCCGGAGGAGGACAUGAUCGGUACAAGUCUCGGAAAGGGGCCGGCUGCUGGCGGGUGGCUGGAGCGAGACCCUGGCUCACCUCCCACCAGGACACCCGGGAGGGACAGCAGGGCUACAGGGCGAGACCGUUGUACCUGCGGGACUAUAAUUGAUGGAGGAGACUCGGUGAUGCCCUGGGAGGAGGCUAAAGCCACUGAAAUAACUUAUGACUUCGUUUCUCGGAAAGGAGGGGCAUGCCAUGCCAGACAGGACGGCGGGAGAGGCGCCGGGGCUGGUUAAGAGCAGGGAGGAGCGCGGGGAAGGCCUGGGCCGGAGCCUCCAGGGGGUUUCCGCGGGAAGGACGAGGCAGGGCAGCGCCAGCAGCUGAGGAGGGGCUGGGCUGAGUCCUCCCGGCACGCGGGGGCUGUCCCCGGGGCAGGGCACCCGGCCGGGGUCGGAGGGCGGGGUGAGAGGCGGGCCGGGCGCCUGGGUGGGCUCGCCCCGGGAAGGCGCGUGCGAGCCGCCGUCUCCGCCAGCAGACACCUUCCAGUUCGCCGAUGUGGACCACAGCUACGUCCCUUCGCGCGCCGAGAUCAAGAAGCAGGCGCAGCGGCUGAUCGAGGGGAAGCUAAAGGCGUCCAAGAAGAAGAAGAAGUAGCCCCGCCCGCCCCGCUCCCCGCUUUGUUACACAAAUAAACAUUUUUCCAGGA